UCACCGGCCAUGAAUACCAUUCCAUUCUCUCAUGGCCAUUCUCUCCCUCUCUCCACACCCACCGAACCCUCCCCAAAACCCCAACCCCAACCCUGCCACCACCAAACCCACUUCUCUCACCGCUCCCAAACCCGCAGCUUCCAAGAGGCACUUUCUCCUCAAAACCACUUCGCUUUUCAUCAUUUCCUUGACCCCAGCAUGCCCACUUGCCCAUUCUUCAGCUGAACCUUCGCUGCCUCCGAAGCCGGCUCUUUCCGGCAUUGCAAACACGAAGUCUUGGUUCCAGUUCUAUGGUGCUGGGUUCGCCAUUCGGGUGCCGCCACAGUUUGAGGACAUCACGGAGCCCGAGGAUUACAGUGCUGGAUUGUCUCUUUAUGGAGACAAGGUAAAGCCUAAGACUUUUGCGGCAAGAUUUGCAUCACCAGAUGGAUCUGAAGUUUUGAGUGUGGUCAUUCGCCCAACCAAUCAACUCAAGAUCACCUUUUUAGAGGCCAAAGACAUUACUGAUUUAGGUUCUUUGAAGGCGGCUGCAAAAAUUUUUGUUCCAGGUGGGUCCAAUUUACACUCUGCAAGAACUAUAAAAAUAAAGGAAGAGGAAGGUCUCAGGACUUACUACUUCUAUGAGUUUAGUAGAGAUGAACAGCAUGUAGCCCUAGUAGCUGCUGUUAAUAGUGGAAAGGCAAUUAUUGCUGGAGCAACUGCCCCACAGUCUAAAUGGGAUGAUGAUGGAGUGAAGCUUCGGUCUGCUGCUGUAUCACUAGCAAUUCUCUAGGCAUGCGACCCAAUGAUUCAAUAAGCAGAAGAACCAUGACUCAGUUUCAAUUACAGACCGCGCGUUCAAGUGCUUCCAAUUGACUUAACAAAUUUAACGGUGCCUGCCCGGGUUCCCUUCGCCGGUUAUACUUCACACUUAUUUAUCACACUCAUUUCACACUGAUUGAUGUGUCUUGUUUUGAGUUACUGUCUCUGACAUGAAAAGUUAUUGAAAACAUGCCAUAUCAGCCAGUAUGAAAUGAAUGUGAAAAGUAACAUUAUUUAUCUAAAACAUUAUACGAUUUCCAUGGGCUUAUCCUUCCUGUGAUAGAACAGGUUCUCCUAAUCAAUGGCUUAAAAUGGGCCUUUUUCGCUUUCAGCCAGAGCUGCAAAUGGGCUGAAAGCUUCCGAUUAAUGUACGAUAAGUGCAUUUAGUCAAUCAGAUUAGAAUCGUAGGCCUAUAGUAGCAUAUUUUCUGCUUUGCUAAUGAUUGGAGCAUAAAUUGAAUUUCUUGG